AUUAAAAUGGAUUACGAUGGAGAGGCUAGUCAAUUUCCAGAUUUAUCGAGAUUUAGUUUGAAUCCAAAUGGAGUCCUGUAACCGAAGCCAGUUUAUUCAAAAUGUUCAUUUACAGGAGUGAAAAAGAAGAGCUUUUCAUUACAUGGUUCUAAGAAUAAAGGACUUAGAAAUCUGAGUUAUAAGGUGAAAAAAAUAAUUGAAUCAGAGUCACAGACUACUUAUAGGUUCGUAGCCGAUAAAUUAGUAUCUGAGGAUAGCGAAUAGAAGAAAGAGGAAUAGAAUGUGAAGCGUCGAGUUUAUGAUGCACUGAAUGUGUUGAUUGCUGCAGGAGUAAUAAUAAAGAAGAAGAAGUUCUUAGUUGCUACACCUGAGACUUUCAAAAGUGGGAAGUACUAAAUGAUCUUAAUAGGGUGCCAUAAUAAAGAAAAAUGGUAGAAGAUAAAAGAAGAUUAAUAAAUCAGAUCUAAGAAGCGUCAAGUUUUACAUCAUAAAAAAUAAUAUUUAAUUGAUUUAGUAAAAAAGAUGCUUUGUGUUCGUCAUUUAAUUACUAAGAAUAAUAAUAACAAAAGUCUUCCAAAUAGUUAAAAUGCCGCUGAGACGUAUCUUCAAUAAUUCAUGUAGAUUUUUAAAAGAUGAAAAAGUUGAAGCUUCUUAAAUACCUUGUAGUUAACAAAGCAUUUAAAGUGGAAUCUAAUUAAAUUAAUAUGUCUAACCACAAAUUGUAUUUUAAUUACCACUUUUAGCAUUCUGGAGCAAACCAGAAGAUGUAAUUUAAUUAUUGCUUAAGUAAUAGCUUCGAAUUGUGAUUAAAUCACAAAAGGAAGUAACAUUGUCAACUAAAAAGAGUUGUUCUUUUAUGACAGAAGUAGAGAUUAUUCAAGAUGUUUAACAAUAAGCUUUAUUAUCAAAAGUUUUUGAUGAUAAAUCUUUUGUUAAUUUCUAUUUGAACUUAACCAAAAAUUGA